AUGUCAUCAAUCAAGUCCGUCGCAAUCAUCGGCUGCGGUGCAAUCGGCGCCUCAUGGGCUGCCCUCUUCAUCGCCCAAGGUCUACAAGUCAAAGCCUUCGACAUCAACCCAGCCGCGGAGACAUAUCUUCGCAACUUCGUCCGCAAUGCUCUCCCCGUUCUAUCAUCAAUCGGCCUUGUCAAGAACACAGAAGCCAAGCCUGAAGAUGUUGUCUUCACCACCAGUCUUGAACAAGCUCUUCGAGAUGUCGAUUUCGUUCAGGAAAAUGGUCCCGAGAGAAUUGACUUUAAGAGAAGGCUAUUUCAGCAGAUGGGAGAGAAACUUGGGCCUGAUGCGAUUAUCGCGACGAGCUCAAGUGGUCUUACCUGUUCUUCUAUCCAAGAGGGUAUGACUGCUGCAGCGCACCCUCAACGCUGUGUCGUCGGUCAUCCUUUCAACCCGCCUCAUCUUAUUCCCCUCGUCGAAGUCGUCGGCGGUUCGCAAACAUCACCAGCCACCAUCGAAACGACAAUGACAUUCUAUACUAGCCUUGGCAAAAAGCCCAUCCACCUGCAAAAGGAAGUCCCCGGCCACGUCGCAAACAGAAUCCAAGCAGCAGUUAUGCGCGAAGUUUUCCACAUCCUCCAACAAGACGUCUGCUCCGUUCAAGAUGUUGACGAUGCGGUAUCUUAUGGUCCUGGCUUAAGAUGGGGAGUCAUGGGACCGAAUAUGUUGUUUCAUCUUGGUGGUGGGGAGGGAGGCAUUGAGCAUUUUGCAGAUCAUUUGUUGGGACCUCUUCAGGGUUGGUAUGCGAAGGAAAACCCGGUUGUUGAUGAGGAUUUGAGAGAGAAGUGGAUUGAGGGGACGAAAGGGGCUGUUGGGGAGAGGGGAUAUGGGGGGUUGGUGAAACAGAGGGAUGAGGAGCUGGUUAGGUUGUUAAACGUUAGGAGGGAUUGGGAUGCUUUUGCAGAGGGAAAGGGCAAGCACGAAUCAUAG